AUGGCUUCUCACCCUGCUAUAAGCUCUGCCCUUGGCUCGGACUCACCACCAGACCAACUCCUCAACGAAAAGGAGACUGAGUUGAAGCUAGAGACAACAUCGUACGAGCGUCCCGCGUCCGAUAUCAGCACAUUCGAACUGUUCUCGUACCAUGAACGCAAUGCCGGACGCCUCGUGAUCGAUCCAGAGGAAGCGAGACUAGAGUUUGGCGACGAAGUUGCGAAGAAGCUGAAGUUGUCAGAAGACGGAACCUUAGUCCUUUGGCCACAGCCAACAGAUGAUCCUGAAGACCCCCAAAUUACUGCACGCAAGAACUUCCAGCUACUGGUCAUCACGUUAGCGGCUAUCGUGCCGGAUUUCGACUCCGGGAUAGGCGUGGCGGCUAUCUAUGGACUUGCCCGUCAAUACGACACCACGACAGGACAAAUCAAUAACUUGACGUCCAACUGGAGCAUCUUUCUACUCGCCUGGGGGACCAUCUUUGCUGUCAUGCUGAUCCGUCGCUUUGGUCGACUGCCGGUACUUUUCUGGUCCCAGGUACUAGCGCUUGGGUUUCUGGUAGGAUGCACAUUCGCUCCAAACUUAGCAACCUUCACCGCGAUGCGCUGCUUGACGGCGUUCUUCGGAACGUGUCCGCAAGCAUCUGGUUUGUACGCUGUGACCGACAUGUACCCCUUCCAUCUGCAAGCACGUAAGCUGAACAUCUGGACCAUGGGGUUCUUAGUAUCACCGUUUCUAUCGCCAUUCCUGUUCGGCUUCUUAUGUGCGCGUACGAGCUGGCGCUGGGCAUACGGGAUAGGUUCAAUGUACAGUGCUAUCGUUGUGUUCCUCAUCGCGGUGUUCGGCGAAGAGACCAUGUACGACCGCACGUUACGCAACCCAUGCCCAAUCCCGCGCCCGAAGUCGCGCCUACAGUGGAGAAUAGAGACUCUCAUCGGAGUCACAGGCGCUAAGAUGGCGCGUUUCCGUGCGAGCUGGCGAGAAGCGGUGCUUGCGUGUGCAGAUCUCAUUUGGAGGCCGCACUUGCUUGGUGUUCUACUGAUGGAGGGAAUGUUAUUCGGGUUCGCGAGUGUAGGACUGAAUACGACUAUGGUAGUCUUUCUAGGUCUUCCCCCUCCUAAUGGUUACGGGUUCAGCGAGAUUGGGAUUGCGGGCACGUAUGGGACACCAAUAGUCGGUGUUCUAAUCGGCGAGCUGCUAGGUCGAUAUUUCAACGACUGGGUAAUGAAUUUCUGCACUAGGCGCAACAAGGGCGUCUUCGAGGCUGAGAUGCGACUCUGGACCAUUUACGUCGCUAUUCCCCUGUAUAUCUGUGGCUUCGUGACCAUAGGCGCAGCCUUACAAGAGACGCUGAGCGUCGGGGCGUUGGUCAUGGGAUGGGGUAUUGCCAUGGUAUCGAACAUGAUCUGCACCGUGGCAGUCUAUGCCUACUGCAAUGACUGCUUCCCCACGCGACAGGGUGAGAUAUCGGCCCUGAUCAACUUCGCGCGUACAAUCGGGGGUUUCUCGGUCGCCUACUUCCAAGUCCCAUGGGCGGAGAAGAACGGGGCGUUGCAAACCUUCGGCGUGGAAGCCGCGGUCGUGACUGGCCUCUUUAUCUUGAUUGUGCCUGCAUUGCAGCUGAAAGGGUCCUACCUGAGGAGGAGGUUCUCGGUCAUGUGA